AUGUACUCACAAAGCCACCAGCAGGGACACAAUGCCCGGUUGAAUGGGGCAGGGCGGGGGAUGCCCAACAUGCUGUACAAUUUCCAACAGCAUGCGCAGCAUCAGCACCCCUCCCAGCCCCAGCAUCACCAAGGGCUGCAACACGACCAUAUGCUCCAGGGCGCCAAUGGGCUGGGCCAUCACUCGUCUUUCGCGUCUGGACUCCUCUCAACCUCGGCCAGCUUCAACUCCGCCUCUCUCUCCAACGGGCACGCAACCAAUGCCCGAGCCGGGCAGGCUCCGCAAAAUGAAAUGUGGCAGGAACAGCUGCGGCUGCACAAGGAGGCUGAGAGGGCGCACUCCGCCAUGACAGAACAGCAGCAGCCUCACUACUAUGCAAGACUUAAGGCGUCGGAGAACAGGGGCAUCGGUGGCCCGCCUCCCUCCAAUGGCAAGACCCAGGCAGACAGCGAGAACGACCCGGCGGAUAUGAGAAGGCCGUUGAACGUGGAGAAGGGGACGACUCGCCAGGACUGGCACAACCUGGACAUGAGCGGCCAGGGAUUGCGAAAUCUUGCCUCGGAGCUCUUCCGGUACCAAUUCCUCAACGAACUCUACAUCGCCUCGAACAAGCUCACUCGCCUUCCCAACGCUAUAGGAGAGCUGCGCCAACUGCGUCACCUUGAUGCUUCUUUCAACCAGAUCAGCGAGCUGCCCCCGGAACUGGGCAUGUGCACCUACCUGAAGCAGUUGCUCCUUUUCAACAACAACCUCCAAGAGCUGCCCUUUGAGCUCGGCUCUCUUCAUCAACUGGAAAUGCUAGGCAUAGAAGGCAAUCCUUUGGAGCCGAGCAUAAAGCAGGAAAUCAUGGAAAAGGGCACCAAGAGCCUGAUUAAUGCGCUGAUGGAAGGAGCUCCGAUUCCUCUGCCCCCUACCCCGCGGAAAGAAAUCAUCAUUCAGGAGGACGUGCCCGAAAAUCUGGAACGAAUCAGGGUCUUUUCAUGGAAUAUCCUUUGCGACAAGUAUGCGACAACACAGACGUAUGGGUACACGCCCACCGGGGCCUUGAGUUGGGAAUACCGCAAGAACUGCAUCCUGGAAGAGCUGCGGAUACGAGACGCAGACUUUUUGGCUCUGCAGGAAGUCUCCACUGAUGCCUUCAAGGAGGAUCUGAGCCCCGAGCUGGCACAGAUGGACUACAAGGGCGUGCACUGGCCCAAGUCGCGAGCCAAGACAAUGUCCGAAAAGGAUGCGCAAACCGUCGACGGCUGCGCUGUGUUCUACAAGCAGAGCAAGUUUAUCCUGCUCGACAAGCAGCUGAUUGAGUUUGCCUCGAUUGCCAUCAACCGCCCCGACAUGAAGAAUCAGCAUGAUGUCUUCAACCGAGUCAUGCCAAAGGACAACAUUGCCGUCAUCUGCUUCUUCGAGUCCCGACUGACUGGCGCUCGUAUCAUCCUGGUUAACGUGCAUCUGACGUGGGACUCGGCACUGGCAGACGUCAAGCUGAUCCAGACGGGCAUCCUCAUGGAGCAUGUGACAAAGUUGGCGGAGAAGUACGCAAGGUGGCCGGCAGUCAAGGACAAGAAGAUGAUUACGCUGCCGCGAUCCGACGACGCUGACGAACCUCCGCCGCCGCCGCAAGCCGAGCCGGGCCCGAGCCAAGAGUACCGAUCCAACACGGACAUUCCACUGGUGGUCUGCGGUGACUUUAACUCGACAAAGGACUCUUCAGUGUGGGAACUCAUGUGCCUCGGUCGUGUACCGCCAGACCACGCAGAGCUGAACAACUUCCAUUAUGGAAGCUUCACCCGCGACGGCAUCGAGCACCCCUUCAGCCUACGAGACGCAUACGCGCCCAUCCAGAACACGCCGGACGAGUUACCCUUUACCAACUACACGCCCGGCUUCGCAGACGUCAUCGACUACAUCUGGUACUCGGCCAACACCCUGGAAGUUGUCGAGCUGCUGGGUCCUCCCGAUCCGACAUACAUGAAACGAAUCCCAGCUUUCCCCAACUGGCACUUCCCGGCCGAUCAUAUCCAGAUCAUGUCCGAGUUUGUCAUCAAAAACCGAAAAGACAAGAAACAAGUGUCUGAAUAG